CCCGCAGCAGGCAAUGUGGCAAAGGGUGGGUCUGGUGGUGCUGCUCCUGCUCCUGACUCUGUCCGCGCCCUCGCCAGUCCUGGCCCGGGCAAUCCCGGGCGAAGAGUUAGACCAGGCGACGGAGAACAACGAGAUCGACCACGGACACGAACCACUCACUUCCUCAACGACCCGGAUGGAAAGCGAGACCACAACCGGCAGGACGACAACUGCCGCCACCACCAGCACCAGCACCACCACCAGCACCACCGAGGGCCUCCCCACGUUCAACCGCAACCAGGUAUCACUUGACCUACCGAGCGACCUGUUCACGUCCACCGCCAAUCUCACCCUGCGGUUGCGCAACGUCGUGUCCGAGCUCAUCACGCGCACGUCGGUGCGGAUUGCGCAGGUGGUGCGCUUCCUGCAACCCGUGUUCGGCUACCACCUGAUGAUCGACAUCCCGAAGGAGUUGGACGUUUGAUCCCAACGUCCGUGUGCUGCGAUAAGUGCGGCCGGCACUGUGUAUAUUGACAGGUUAACGCCGCUUGUUACA